AUGUAAAAUUAAUAGGUAAAUCCAGCAGCUGGCAUGAGUGCUCCUUAAAACCCAAAUAUGAUGAAUGGCUAGUAACGCCCCUUGGGACCUCCCUAGCCCUAAGGACACUUUUAAAGAAAUUAGAUGGCUAAUCCUCAAGGACAAGGAGGAAUGGGAGGAAAUUAAUAAGGUGUAAUUUAUGGAUAAGGUGGAUAAUAAGGCCACCCACAAUAGCAAAUUAUGAGUUAAUAAUAAGGAGUUUAGCCAAAUCAAUAAUAAAAUAUUCCAUAGUAAUAACAGCAGCAAUAAGGUUCAUAAUCGCACGCAGCAUAAGAAAGUUAUAUUGACCCAAAAUAGCUGAUUCAUUCGAUUUAUGAAAAGGGUAAUAUUGGGUAUUCUGAGUGUGAUGAAGAAUUAUUAAAAAUAGCCCCAGAAUUUGAAUUACUUAAUUAGCUUGUUAAAUAUGAAGGAAUGAUUGAUAAAAUGGUGAAAAGAAAGAGAUUCGAUUUACAGGAAUAGUUUGCAAGACCAAAUUAAAAGACAAAACAAAUAUUCAGAAUGUACAUUACUAAUGACUAUACUUUAGUACCUUAGGGACCUCAUAUAGAUAAUGAUCCCAUGCAAAUUGAAUAAGAAGAACAAUAUAUAUGGAAUCUUAAAAUAUAUGGACAUUUGCUUUAAGAAGACAAGACUAACGCAUCAUAUUUGACAACUCCUAAGCAAUAUUUUUCAAAUUUCUUCUCAAAAAUCACUGUAGAAUUCAAGGAUCCUCUUUUCAGCAGCGAACCCGUUUAAUGGAGAAAGUCAGAUAAGGUAGAGUAGGGAAUAAUCAUUCGCAAAUAAAGCAGCAAGGAAACAGUAGUUACAAUUCAUAUUCAUUUGUAUCACAACCCUUUGAAGUUUAGAGUUGAUCCUAAGCUCGCUUCAAUUAUUGGGUUUGAAAUUUGCACUAGAUCAACUGCUUUGGCUGCUAUUUGGGAAUAUAUUAAGCUUAAAAAUUUGUAAGACAGUGAAAAUAAAAGUGAGAUAAAUUGUGAUGAUGCGAUGAGAAGCGUAUUCUUACAAGACAAAAUAAACAUAGGACAAAUCACAGCAAAAUUGAGAUAACUCUUAACUAUUCCAAAUUAAACAACAAUAAGACACCAAAUUAAACUUAGCGGCACUCCUGAAGAAAACGAAAGAGUUUAUGAUUUUGUGGUAGACGUAGAUAGUUAAUUGGGUAUGGAAAUUAUGCCUUUCUUCUCUCAAAAGGUCGUUUUAUAGGAAAAGAAAGAUUCACAAAAGCAUCCCUUCAUUACCUUAAACUAAAAGAUUAAAGAUUUAGAUAAAAAAUUUACAGAAACAUUAGAAAAAAUAAAAUCACAUAAGUUCAAAAGAGAUUCGUAUUUCGCCUACACCUUAGAUCCAUCUCUUUAUAUAGAAAAUACUAUCUUACAAUAAAAUAUAUACUUAUAGAUGAUGAAAGAAGAUAAAUAAUGUCCUAUCGAUGAUCCUACUUCCUUGCAAUACAUGAUGGAUAACGAAGAUUUGGUUGAAAGAGAGAUUAAAAGAUAUCUCGAUAAUUUGGAUGGAAUUAAGGGAGAAAGAGAAUUUGAACUUUAUUAAUAAGAAAUGCUUAACAACUAGAAUACAUAUGAUGCAACAAGCAAUGCAAACCAAUCAUAAUAACAGCUUUGA